AUGAAGAAAGCAGAGCUAAUAUUCAUUCCUCUACCGGAGACAGGUCACCUUUUGUCUACGAUCGAGUUUGGAAAACGUCUGCUCAAUCUUGACCGCCGGAUCUCCAUGAUUACAAUCCUCUCCAUGAAUCUGCCAUAUGCUCCUUACGCCGACGCUUCCCUUUCGUCUCUCACAGCCACCGAGCCUAGAAUCCGACUCAUCAGCCUCCCGGAGAUUCAUGAUCCACCUCCUCUCAAGCUUCUCGACACUUCCUCUGAGACAUACAUCCUCGAUUUCGUCGAUAAAAACAAACCAACUCUCACAAAAACCAUCCACGAUUUAAUCUCAUCUCGAUCAUCUUCCGGAGAUACUCAUGUCGCCGGUUUGAUUCUUGAUUUCUUCUGCGUUGGUUUGAUAGAUAUCGGCCGUGAGCUGAACCUUCCUUCGUAUAUCUUCAUGACUUCAAACUUCGGUUUCUUAGGGGUUCUUAAGUAUCUCCCCGAACGACAUCGUUUAACUCCGUCGGAGUUCCAUUAAAGCUCCUCCGGUAAUGAAGAGUUACAGAUUCCUGCGUUCGUGAACCGUGUUCCCGCCAAGGUUCUGCCGCCUGGUGUGUUCGAUAAACUCUCUUACGGUUCUCUGGUCAAAAUUGGCGCUCGGUUGCAUGAAGCUAAGGGUAUUUUAGUCAAUUCUUUUACUGACGUCGAGCCUUACGCUGCUGAACAUUUUUCUCGAGGCCGAGAUUACCCACACGUGUAUUCUGUUGGGCCGGUUCUUAACUUAACAGGCCGUACAAAUCCGGGUCUCGCUUCGGCCCAAUACGAAGAGAUGAUCAAGUGGCUUGAUGAGCAACCGGACUCGUCGGUUUUGUUCUUGUGUUUUGGGAGCAUGGGAGUCUUCCCUGCACCUCAAAUAACAGAGAUUGCACACGCGCUUGAGCUCGUCGGGUUCAGGUUCAUCUGGGCGAUCCGUACGAACAUGGCGGGAGAAGGUGAUCCUUACGAGCUGCUUCCAGAAGGAUUCGUCGACCGAACAAUGGGCCGUGGGAUUGUAUGCGGUUGGACUCCACAAGUGGAUAUCUUGGCUCACAAGGCAACAGGUGGAUUCGUGUCUCACUGCGGAUGGAAUUCUGUUUUGGAGAGUCUAUGGUACGGCGUACCGAUUGCUACGUGGCCUAUGUAUGCUGAGCAACAGCUGAACGCGUUCGAGAUGGUGAAGGAGCUGGGCUUAGCCGUGGAGAUACGGCUUGAUUACGUGGCCGACGGUAAUAGGGUCACAUCGGAGAUCGUGUCAGCCGAUGAAAUAGCCAAAGCUGUCCGAUCUUUGAUGGAUGGUGAUAACCUUGUGAGAGAAAAGGUUAAAGAGAUAUCAGAAGCGGCGAGGAAAGCUGUUGGUGACAAUGGAUCUUCUACGGUGGCCACCCGAAAUUUUAUCAGAGAUAUUCUCGGGGAUCACUUUUGAUUCAUCUCUCUCGGAG